AUGGAUGAUCUACUACCAUCGUACGAAAGUGCAAUUCAAACAGAUCCGUGGACACUAGUUGCACCAUAUCUCUCCUCGGACGCCAAUUGCGCUGCAGCUCUUGUAUGCAAGAAAUGGCACGAGAUCUUUACACCGCACCUUUGGGGUAGUCCCGCAUCACAUUUUGGUGUGGAGAACGACACAGUUUAUGUUGCUCUGACCCGCUUCAAACGCACUUUGCCAUACGCACGAUCUUUCGUGCGCGACUUGACUCACACUCUCCAACUCCCACCAGCCCACGCCGAGAUCUAUGGAGGCCCUCACUCUGAGUGGUUACGAGACUGCCUCGAAAGAUUGCCUCAUCUGCAGUGUCUUAUGAUCAACGGACUGCCCUUCUUUGACCACGCAGCGCUUCUAACGUUGCGACAUGCUAGCCCGUGGUGGAACGCUCACUGCCGGGCUGCCUUUCCAGUGUUUGGCCUGCGCUUGCUUGAUGCUUCAGGCUGUACGAACGCAACUUCUACAGGACUUGCAGAAGCUCUGCCCCAUUUCCCGGACCUCAUAUCCUUGGACUUGUCGAGAACGCCAGCUGCUCGAUCUGAAGUGGUUCUCAGCAAGCUCAAACAUCUUCGUAGUCUACGAGUUCUCAACCUAGAGGACCUGGGACUGAAAGACGCUGACUUUUCUGUUGUUUCAACCUCCAUAGGGACGCGCGUCAGAAGUCUGAACGUGAGUGGCAAUUAUCUGACCGAUGCGAGUGCUAGACUACUGCUGGAACACUGUCUGAAGGAAAAACCUAUUCCAGAGCACGUAACUCGAGCUCCCUUGCCUCCAGUAGAGCACGGCAGGUUAAGCGGUGAUAUCGAUGAUCACGAAUCGGAAGAUCUGGUCGGUCAUCUUCGCCAAAGGUUGACCAGAGGCUUUGCUGGUAGUCUAGCCAUCGAAGAAAGUAGAGAUAUGGGGGUCACGCAUCUGUAUCUUUCGAGGACCUCGAUAACAGUGGAAGGAAUAUCUGGGCUACUGCGGUCAAAACGCCUCCGUGUCCUUGAUGUGGGAGUAUUGCCUGCAGUGCUGACGAGUUCUGUGCAGCGUACUUUGGUCAACGAGAACGGUGAAGACAGUAUGGAUCUUCCAGGCGUUGCGAAGAUGACCCCGGUAUUAUCCGAGUUUGCAGCUGCAAAAAUGAAGUACCUGAGAGUCAACUACCAGAUCGUUACUGAGGAUGCACCGACAGAAGCCCUGCCCUCGUCGCGUGCUGAGCUCGGCGGAGAUCCGGGCAGAUGUACACCAACAAAUGCGCACGAACUCGAAACACACCAGAAUCAGAUACCGACUGAACUUGAAGACAUCCGGCAGCCCAUACCGAUUCUUGAACUUGGCUCGACAGAGAACGUCAUCUUCGAGCUUCCUGGAAGCCCAGCCUUUCCCGUAGAGUUGCCUGGGUCUUUCCCAUCCGAGAUGCCACUGGUCAAGCGAAGAUCGGGCAAUGUCACACGGACGCCUUCAGUUGAAGUUACCUCAGAGCCACGAGAAGUCAAACGAGGUGCUGCUUACGCACCAGAGCCUUUAUUUCUGGAUUCACUGAUGUCGCCUGCCAGCCCACUCCUGCCAGGCAAUGAGAAUCAAAGACCGUUUUCGAGGGGAGACUCGACGCCCGACCACGUGUCAGCACUUUCGCCAAUGCUAUCAAGUUCACGCAAUUCCAUCUCGAAUGAAAUCACAGGUAGAAGGUCGCGACAUGACUCUACCCAUUUCGUGGAGGACCGUAGAGCCAGGCUUGGGCUUCGGCAGUCGCGAGAGAACAGGUUACAUCCAGGCAUGCUCCCUAAAGUUCACACCCUAGUCUUGGUUGAUGUACCAACAUCGACGAAUGAUCCCGACCUCAUACAUCGCCUCAUACAAUACAUCAAGGAUGCUGCUGAAGAGGCAUCGAUUGCCAAACAGCGUGCUAAGCAUACCUACAGGCUACCUCCUGGGCGCAGCCGCAAUGUCGCAGAGCGAGAAUAUGCACGCGGACUCUUCGCACUGAAGCGCAUCAUAUUUGAGAUGGCUCCGCCUCAGGUACAACACAAAAAGAUCUCCACUAGCUGGAGGGCGUAUCCCACAAAGUCAUCGACCGAAGACGCUGACUCGGAAGCUUUCUGGGAAGCGGCAACACACGACUUCUCCUUCUUUGAUGACGAAGAGUGUGGCAUUCCUAGAAGAGAAUCCGGUCGUGGAUUGCCAUUGGCAGCGAUGGAGGGUCUUGAGCUGGCUGUGCAUUACCCUGUCCCGCCUCAACCGAGAAGGGUCGAAUGUGCAGCGCAGCCACAGCUCGAUGUCGUCGCAGAGGUCGGGAAAUUUCGAAGAGAGAGAAAGGCUGUAUUCAACAAUCUGCUGGCUAUGGGUGAGACUGAUCCAGAAGUUGAGGGUUAUUGGCCUGGCGAAAUAACAGUUGUCAGGAAGCCUGCCGCUGAAGAUGCAGGAGAGCUAGACUGCUACGGUAAUGAAUAUGAGGGGUGGGGGCUGUAUAGAUAG